CAGCCAGCCGCCACCUAUAAAUAUGCGCCCGCAAAUCCGCCAUUCGCAUCCCAAAACCACUCGAGACACGAUUCAAGCAGCAGCAAGGCAGAUCAACACCUCCAGGCGAAGCAAUCGGGACCUGAUAACGAGAAGAAGAUGUGCCUGAUCAAGAAGGAGAUGAGCGCCGAGUCUGGCUCGCCGUGCAGCUGGGCUUCGCCCUCAACCUCGUCGUCGGAGCACCACCAGACGGUGUGGACGUCGCCGCCGAAGCGGCCGGCGGGGCGGACCAAGUUCCGGGAGACGCGGCACCCCGUUUUCCGCGGCGUGCGGCGCCGGGGCAACGCCGGGCGGUGGGUGUGCGAGGUGCGCGUGCCGGGGAGGCGCGGCUGCAGGCUCUGGCUCGGCACCUUCGACACCGCCGAGGCCGCGGCGCGCGCGCACGACGCCGCCAUGCUCGCCAUCGCCGGCGCGGGCGCCUGCCUCAACUUCGCCGACUCCGCGCGGCUGCUCGCGGUCCCGGCCUCGUACGCCAGCCUCGCCGACGUCCGCCACGCGGUCGCCGAGGCCGUGGAGGUGUUCCAGCGGCGCGAGGCGCAGGCGGAGGAUGACGCGCGCUCGGCCACGUCCUCCACGCCGUCCUCUCCCGCCAACGACGACGACGGCGAGGAGUCAUCUCCGGCCACCGAGGACUCGCCGUUCGAAAUGGACGUGCUCGGUGACAUGAGCUGGGACUUGUACUACGCGAGCUUGGCGCAGGCGAUGCUCAUGGAGCCACCGUCCACAGUCACCGCGUUCUGCGACGACGCCGUCGCAGAAGUGCCACUCUGGAGCUACUAGGACAAAGACUCUGCUACUACAAUUUUUUGCCGUUUGCUUCUCUUGUUGUCCGAUGCCAAAUUUUUGUAUUGUAAAGGAUACUACUUUUGGUAAUGAGACGAGCCCUAAUGAGACAGAGCAAAUCGGGAAAACA